UGUACACACGUAUUACUGAUAGCAUUCGUAGGCACAAACGAAAACUUUAUUUUUUAAAGCUUCAAAGCGAUAGUCGUUCAUUUUUGUAUGAUACGAAUGGGUGUUUAUAACCGUAAAAAGUAUUCGAAUGUGGUUUACUUUUUAUUUUUUCAAAUUCGUGAAUGUGAAAGUUGAAUAAGUAAAAAUUCAUUUGAAAAUGGCCCAAGUCGUCCGAUACAAUCACGAUACUGAUGAUCAAUCCAAUCAGAAAAUGAUUCAGAGCGAUCGUGUUAGUUUUACUAAGAACGACGAUGAAGAAUCGAAGGAUGAAAAGGAGGAUGACAUAAAAUGUGGCGUGUAUUGCUGUACUCCAAAUUGGUUACAAGUGUUUGCUAGCAAAAAGAGUUUUGCAUUGGCUUAUACUUUAGUGCUCACCAUGCUAUAUAUGAUAAAUGCUUAUUUUAUGGGAACCAUCACAACGGUUGAAAAAAAUUACAAAAUGUCCAGUAAAAUGCUGGGAUCGAUCAAAGGCACAGCGGAAAUCGGUAGUUUAUUUUUCAACUUCAUUCUCACCUAUUUCGUGGGCAAAGGCCAUAAAGGAAGAUGGUUAGCCGUUGGAAUGAUUAUUGCAGGAUGUUCUAGUUUCUUGCGAACAUUGCCUUACAUUAGCUACGGUGCCGGAGAAAAUUUAAAAAUCUACACUGAUGACUAUAAAAGCAAUAACACCGCCGGAUAUACGAAUAUAACAGAAGAUGAACCUUGCGAUGAAUAUUUUAAAGACAACAUGGCUAGAAAUUUUGCUUUUAAAAUAUUUCUUGUUGCUCAGUUAACAAUUGAAAUAGCUGGUAUUCUUUUAAAGACAUCUGGAUCCGUGUAUUUGGACAAUAACACCAGGAAAAAUAUAUUUCCUUUUUUAUAUACAUUAAUUCACGCGAUACGAUUAAUCGGCGUAUUUAUGGGCUUUAUGCUGGCUUCGUACACACUGGAAAUUUAUAUCGAUCCGUAUUCAACACCAAAUAUAGAUAAAAAAGAUCCUAGAUGGGUAGGAGCAUGGUGGCUUGGGUGGAUACCUAUUAGUAUUUUAUGCUUUAUUCUAACCUUAUUUCUUUGUCUGUUUCCUCGUACCUUACCAAGAGCUGCGUUAAGAAAUAACGAACUUAAAAUUAAAGAAGUCGAAGCAUCACCUUCGGUACAAGACUUUCUCGCAUCUACGAAAAGAAUAUUAAAAAAUAAAUUGGUUUUAUUGGAUGCCUUUAGCGCUGUUUGUUUUAAAAUCGGAUUGGCCGCCUAUGAAAUAUUUCUACCGAAAUACAUCGAAUCUCAAUUUGCUUUAUCGGCCUCGCAAUCUAAUUUUAUGGCAGGAUUUGUAGCAUUGAUAGGAAAAUCUUUUGGUAUUUUGAUUGUCGGAUUUGUAAUGACUUAUUUCAAACCUUCGCCACGACUUUUGAUGGGAUGCAACGUUAUCGUAGGCAUUUUCAGCGUUCUCGUGCAUUCUUCUUAUAUUUUUAUAGAUUGUUCUGAUAUACAAAUUAAUGGACAUAGGAAUCCUGAUCACAGUUGGAAUGUUACCGACCAAUGUAAUAUCAAUAAUAAAUGCGAAAAUAUAAAAUAUUCACCAGUGUGCCAUCCAGAUGACAAUCGCCUGUUUUUUUCUGCCUGUCAUGCCGGUUGUCAAGCACCAUCUUUUUUCAAUAAUUCAAAAGUGUACAAUCACUGUUCGUGUGUGCCUGAUUCUCAUUCACUGAUCGAUGGUGUAUGUGCCAUGGACUGUUCAUCCUAUGUGAUAUCAUUUUUGAUACUGCUAGCAAUAUUCCGACUCAUUCGAACUAGUAUCAAAAGUAUUAAGAAAAUUUUACGCUUUAGAUAUGUAAGUGAAGCUGACAAGUCAUUAUCUUUAGGAAUUAACAAAGCCUUAUUAUCAAUACUAGCAGCUUUUCCAUCACCAAUAUUAUAUGGAUUCAUAAUAGAUUGGACGUGUAUAAUAUUCGAAGAGACAUGCGGCAAAACAGGAAAUUGUUGGUUAUAUGACGUUGAUAAAUUGAGAUACACAUUAAAUCUUGUGGCGUGCGGGUUCCUAACGCUCGGUACAGUUCUGGAUGGAUUUUUAUGGUACCACGUGAAACAUUUGAAAAUUUACGACCAAGAUAUUGAAAACGAGAAAAUACCUCAAACCGAACCGGAAAACAAUCCGAUGUUAAAACAUUAGCAAAAAAUGACAGCGAUUACCAACUCGAAAAAUCGCCAAGACUACUUAAAACCAAAUUAAAUUUCGAGACCGAAUUAAUCUCUGUACAAAUCAAACUACAUAAACAUAUAAAAAUACAUUUAUAUUACAUACGUUAAAUAGUAUAUAGUCGAAGCUUUCAUUUACAAUCUUAUUCAGUACACUGACAAAUUUUGUCAUACAAAUCAGCAUGGUCAAAUAACAAAUAUUAUCUAUGUAAUUCUAAUGUACAAAAAGAUUUUCGCAACAUCCAUUCAUCAUAUUAAAAAUCAUCUACGAGAACUAUACCAUAUGGUUUUUGUUAAACAAACAAUAUAAAGAAAUCCCGAAACAACACUCGAUAAUUACGUUUUAAGAUUUAUUUUAUUUUAUUUUUAAAAAACCACGAGCACUUCGCUUAUUUAUUUAUUUUCAAAAUUUAAACCGUAUUUUCAUCCGACCAAACGAUUUUUUUUAUCGCGUCGUUAUUUUCAUUAUUCCGCCAUUUAUAUAAUCACAAAUUACGCUUUUGUCGUUCAAUUCUCCGAAACCGACAUACUAUAGUAACUUUCAAUCAAUUCAUCGUACAUAAAAAGGAAACUGAA